CAGCAACCCACCUUCAUUUUCCGAAGGAAACCCUUUUACCGACAUGGGAUCUCACAAUAAAUGAUAAUUUCUAAAGCAAAAUUGCAGAAACCAUGGUUUUGAUUAAGGAGUGCAGAAGAAGAAGACAAAAGGAAAGAACCUAAUCUCUGCAGAUGGUGGAAGUAUGGUGGUCCCUGUUGGGGGCUGCUAUUCCAGCCAUUGUUGCAGGGCAAGCUUUGAGAAUGAAAAGAAGGCAUGCUGAAGAGCAGAGAAUUAAGAGUGCCAGGGGGAGGGAGAAGACCUCUGAUGAGAUAUUUGUCUGUGAGAGGGUCUGUACAUCGAAAAGAAUGUUGAAGAAGGUGGGUACAUUCUCUAAAGACCCGAGUCAUGAUACUUGUGUUACUGUUUGUGGUGUAUCAGAGCUAGAUGCUUGCUCUGAUGCUUGUGCCCGGACUGUCUGUGUUAACCAGCAUCAAGUACCCAACUGGAAUGACAUUUGCCUUCGGAGAUGUCAAAGUGAAUGCCUUAAACUCUCUGCUUCUCGCUCUUCUUAGUGCAAUUUUUGUCAAUUGACUUGACUCCAGUAUAAAUUUUUGUGUGAAUUGCAAUUUUAGCUUAUGAUGGUUUACACAUCUUGGAACCAUAUAUUUUGGUGUGUGAUGACAUGGGUGCUGUUAGUUUGGAUCUGAAAUGGGAAUGAUAAGUUCCUUCUUCCUAGUCAACAGUGUCAGCUUUGUUUUGAAAUGCUCCUUUCAUUCGAGCCCUUGACCCGUUCUAUUAGCUGAUGAAUGUUUGGUCAAAUCCAUUGGGGAGGAGAUGGUUUCAUUUUGUGCUGUGUCAGAUGCUCAUGCUCAAGCUUUUGUAUGCAUAUAUAGUAUUUUGUGGAAAGUGAUUUACCUCAAGUUCUAUGAGUAGGAAGCAGACUGGAGGAGGGUAUGGAUCAGUAUGUACUGCUUUCUCGUUGUAGUUUCUUUCAAUCAACUUGUAGUUGUAUUGCUAUGUGAAAAUCAACUUGGAGGAAGGGUUAGGAACUUGAUA